CUGGUGGUGCUUGGAGUGAUGAGUGCGUUUAUAAACUAUGAUAAAUGAGAGUGGGGGAAAAAGUGAAGAGCAUGCCCUAGAUUUUGGAGAAGGGUACAUAUUGGUCUUAGGAUAGAAGAAUAUAAAAUGAGGCGAAGCAUAUGGGUUAAUGCAAUAGUAUAGAACAGGAAAAAGUGGGGGGAAUUUUGGCAGAGUUUGGAGAGGGAUUAGGAAGCAAAGUGAGUGAAUGGGUUGUGUUGGGGGUGGUGGGUGGUUUGAUGAUGAUGAUGCACGCCGGCAGCUUUUCUGACGUCUCUCUCUCCUCUCUCCUCUCUCCUCUCUCUCUUUCUCUCUCUCCCCCUUCCCAAACCCAUUUGGCACGCCUGCUCCCACUCAAAAACCCCUGCUCCUUCUCCCUGAAAAUUGAAAAGCUAAUCCACCACUAAAAACCCAUCUGAUGAUCUAGACCCUGUUAUCUUUUCUCACUCUUUGCAUCUUUUGUCAGACAGUAUUCUAUUUCUAAACACAAGCUAGUUCAGGCCACCUUCCAUGUUUUAACAGAAAAACCUAUAUCAGUCAAUCCCCUCAUAAAUUGCCAAAAGGAAUACCUAGAAAAAGAAUACCACAAGACACCACCCCCACCCCCCCGCUCCAAAACCAUAAACCCACCACUCCAUUCCUCAUCGAUUACACCAAAAGAAAAGCAAAAUUUUACUCUCCUAGAUUCCUCCCUGCUCCCUCUCUCUCUCUCUCUCUCAUCAUAUUAUGUGUAAAAACCCAGCCAGCUAAAAUCCAACUUCAAGAUCCUGCUUUAAUCAUUCUCCUUCCAAAUUCGCUGUUAAAAACACAAUCACCCAUCUCCUUGUGUGCCAGCACCUACCAGGUUCUCAUUCAAGGGUUAUUUUGAUGUGGGUCUGUGGUUAAAUGGAUACCUUGUUUAGACUAGUCAGUCUUCAAUCCGAUCAAUCCUACAACUCCAGUAGAACUUCUAGCAGCUCUAGAUCUUCUAGACAAAACCAUCACCACCACCACCAAGAAGACGAAGAAUGCUUCAACUUUUUCAUGGAUGAAGAAGACUUCUCUUCUUCUUCUUCCAAGCACUACUAUCCUUAUCAGCAACAAACCCAUCCUUCCACCACCACCACCCCCACCACCACCAACACCAGCACUCCUACUCAUCAUGCCUUUGAGCCCACCGAAUUCUCUUUCUCCCCUGCCCGUGAUCUCCACCUAGAAUUCAACUCUUCUGCUUCCGGCAAGUGGGCUUCCGAAAUCCUCCUGGAGACAGCACGAGCCAUCGCUGAUAAGAACAGCGCUCGCGUUCAACAACUCAUGUGGAUGCUCAACGAGCUUAGCUCUCCUUAUGGCGACACCGAUCAGAAGCUCGCUGCUUACUUCCUUCAAGCCUUGUUUAGCCGCAUGACCGACUCGGGUGAGAGGUGUUACCGGACUUUAAUAUCCGCAUCGGAGAAGACUUGCUCAUUCGAAUCCACCAGAAAAAUGGUAUUGAAAUUUCAAGAGGUGAGCCCUUGGACCACGUUUGGACAUGUAGCUUGUAAUGGUGCAAUCAUGGAAGCUCUUGAAGGCGAGAGCAAGCUCCAUAUAAUUGAUAUAAGCAACACCUACUGCACUCAGUGGCCCACCUUGCUCGAAGCCCUAGCCACCCGCACUGACGAGACCCCUCACCUCCGUCUCACCACCGUCGUCACAAGCAAAGCCGGCACCGGAGGGAUGGCACCAGUGCAAAAACUGAUGAAAGAGAUUGGAAACAGAAUGGAAAAGUUCGCUAGGCUCAUGGGUGUGCCCUUCAAAUUCAACGUACUGCACCACUCCGGCGACCUAUCCCAUCUGAAUUUAGCAGAAUUGGACAUCAAAGACGACGAGGCACUCGCCGUAAACUGCGUCGGCGCGUUGCACUCAGUCACCGCAGUUGGUAACCGCCGAGACAUCGUCGUAUCAUCUUUCCGGAGAUUGCAUCCGAGGAUCAUCACCGUCGUGGAAGAAGAAGCUGAUCUCGAUGUGGGCGUGGAUGGGUUCGACUUCGUCAAAGGUUUUCAGGAAUGCUUAAGAUGGUUUAGGGUUUACUUGGAGUCAUUAGACGAGAGCUUCCCACGCACUAGCAACGAGCGCCUCAUGCUCGAACGCGCCGCCGGACGCGCAAUCGUCGACCUGGUGGCUUGCCCGCCGUCGGAGUCGAUCGAACGGCGCGAGACGGCCACGCGCUGGUCUCAGCGGCUCCAUGCAAGCGGGUUCUCUCCGGUGUCGUUUAGCGAUGAAGUAUGCGAUGACGUACGUGCUCUCCUGAGGAGAUACAAGGAGGGUUGGUCAAUGACACAGUCCUCCGACGCCGGAAUAUUCCUCUCAUGGAAAGACCAGCCGGUGGUGUGGACCAGUGCAUGGAAACCUUGAUCCACCAUCACCACUCUCACACGCAUAGAGUUUGAUUCCCACGUGUAUGGUUUUUUUUUCUUUUUUUCCUUUUUUUGUGGUGGCACGUGCAUGGCAUGGAGUUUGUGGGUGUGUUAGGAUGGAAAUUGCUUGAAUUGAAUAGAGAAUUGAAGUAAUAUAUUCUCAUUCCUCUUUAUUACCACUUGUGAUUAAUUGUCUUUAAUAUUAUGAAGAAGAAAUAGGCAAUGCUUUUGAAUUCCUUUUAUUA